AUGGCGAUCCCUACCCCUCUCCUCCUUGUUUUCAGCGCCUCCUCCCACCUCGAGGGUCGCACCACUGCCUCCCCCUCCAAAUCCGAUGUGCCCCAGCCUCCCUCCGCCACUUGGCGAGCCCCCAGUGGUCAGCCGCCACCGCGUCAUCGUCUCCAACCAUUCUUGGAGCGCCACGUGGCCUCGCCGCGUCCCCCUGUCCUCCCCCGCGCCGCCCAGGGCCCGGCCGGCCCAUCCGAGGCCCGCCCCGGUCUGGAUCCGGGCAGAGCGCCGCCCGCGCUCGAGGCGCCUCGCCCGUCCGCCGCCGCCCGUUGGCCCGCGCGCCUCACCACCGCCCGUUCGCCGUCGCCGCGCCGAGCCCGUCCGCCGUCCCAGCGCCUCCGCGCUCCGCCUCCUCUGCCGCAUCUCGCCGCCGCCAUGGCCGCCGUCACGGAGCUCCUUGUCGCCCCCGACCGUCGCGCCACCGCAUGGCGUCGCCGGAUCUCCGCGCCCCUGCGCCCAAACCCUCCGUCGGCCCCAUCUCCGGCCAGAUCCGGCCGGGGGAUGGCCGGAUCCGCCGCGCCGCACCCGUUCCUGGCCUUCCACCGACCCUCCGUCGCCGGAGCUUCGCCGGAGGAGCCGCCGCGCCCGUGUGCCCUCACGUAG